GCUCUCUCUCUCUCUUCUCGCCAUGGACUCCAUAUAUAAAACGAGAACCCAGAGCGCAACCGGCUCGUCGUCUCUGCCAAGUGUUCGUCCACGGGCUUCGCUCCCGCGCACGAAGUCAUCGGUUCCAGAUCGUCUCCGCCCCGCGGAAUGAGGUUCCUGUUCGAGCUCGUCCCGUGCUGCGGGUCGCCCCGCAAGGAGGGGGAGCGGAUCCGGGCGGUGGCGCCGCCGGCGGAGGCGGCCCCCCCGGAGGGCGAGCAGGGGGAGAGGCGGAGGUGGACGGGGCGGAGGAGGAAGAGGAGGAGGGGGGCGGCUGCGGCUGCGGCGGAGGAGUGGAAGCCGUCGCUGUGCGCGAUAUCGGAGGACGUGGUGGCGGUGACGGUGGAGAGAGUCGGAGGAGGUGGAGGCGGAGGAGGGGCGGGGGAGAGGAGGAAGAAGGCGGCGGCGGAUCCGGCUCCGGAGGCGGAGCGGUCCGCCACCUCGCGGAAGAGGAGCGGGGGGACGUACGCGAGGGUCCACGACCGGGUCUUCAACGGCGACGAGUACGAUCACAGGAGGGCUUCCUUCCAGGCGGUCAUUCCAGCUUUCUCUCCGGCUCCAUUCAUGUUCUGAAGCGUUCUUGGUGUACAGAGCGAAUCACUAGAGUCAGUUUCUAAGUAUGGGUGGUGGGAAUGGAGGCCAAAAGAGUAGAUUUUGCUUUGUAUAUACGACCGUUGUGUCCUCCCUUUCUUAUGUAAGAAAGAAUAUAUUAUAUUUGUCUAUUUUUGGCAUGCAUUUGUACA